AUGAAUUUAUGUUUCUUAAGAUCUCAAAUUGUAGAACUAAGUUGGUUAAUUAAAAGUGUUAGACGUUUACAUUACUUGAAAAAUUACAAAAACACUUUAAUACCAUCUGAAUUAAAGAAUGUGCACAUUGGCUCAUAUGAUAUUUCAUUUAAGUUAUGUGGUGCAAAUAAAUUCUGUACUGCAAAUACAUUGUUAAAAAGUAAAGAUCGAUACAAAGAAAAGAAGACAGUGGUACAUGUUGACCUUAAUGAAAUUUCUGAGUUUGUAAACGUUGAGCAUAUGAUGGCACAAUUUAAUGAAGCUAUUGAAAAUUUUAAAGAUCAAAUGAUAAAGCACUUAGGUGUACGUACAAGAGUAGGUGCUUUAGAAGGAGUGCGUAUAACAUUUGAAAAUGAUGAGUAUAAUCUUGAAGAACUUGUAGAAAUUAGUCGAAAACCUAAUAUGCUAAUAUUGAAUGCAUCUUCUUUUCCACAAAUAAUUCCAAAUAUCCUAGAAUCUCUUACAAAGUCAGAAAUGAAUUUAAAUCCACAACAAGAAGGUACAACUCUUUAUAUUCAACUGCCCAAAGUUACAAAGGAACACAGAGAAGAGUUAGCAAGAAGAGCAAAACAAUAUUUUGUUAAAUGUAAAGACAUCAUUGGUGAUAUAAGAAAUGAACAUAUAAGACAGUUGAAGAAACAAGAAAAUGCACCCACAGAUUUAAUCUUUAAAGCUGAAAGUUAUAUAAAUGCCCUACAAAAAGAGAAUGUUAGUAAAGCAGAGCAGUUGUUGAAAACAAAACAAAAAGAGCUACUAGGAGAGUCAUAA